CCUUUUGACUGUCAUGGAGUCUUCUCCUAACCGCACUGCUCGCACUCCAACCAGUGCUGCUCUCCACCAAUCCAAAAACAGACAGUGUCGUAAUGUGUUGAUUCAUGGUCACUGCAGAUUUGAAGGCAAAGGAUGCCAGUUUCUACAUAGUACUUCCACUGCUGUCGCUGCAACUACCAUCAAGGACUCAAAACACAAACCUGGAAGUGCUGCCAUCCCAAUUCUAUCCCGUCCAAUGUCCAGUACUGGAAGCAGUGCUGAUACUUCAAUUACAACAAAGAGUCCAAAAAUCAACGUCGAUUCUCCUGUAUUCACUCCUUCAAGGAUGCCUGCUACUACAUACACUGAUCAUCCAUCAACAUCUAUUCAGCCAUCCUUGUAUUCCUCUCAAAACGAUUAUAAACUAGUCGCUGAGGAUUCUGAAUUCGAGCCAUUUAUACAACAGCCUGUUAUGCAUUUUACUCCAGACCAUGCGUAUCAAUAUACGGACCAUGAGCAAUUUCAACACCAGCAAUACGAGUAUAAUUAUUAUGAACAAGGAAAUCAGUAUUCUGAUAUACAAAUGAUGCAAGUCGGUAUGGAAUCUAUGGGGCUUGGAUCACAACAAAGGAUGCACGAUCAGUAUCAAGACAAGGCUAGUUUGGAAACUUAUUUCAUGCAUCAACAUGACGGCUCGCCCUACUUGCCUUUGCACUAUCAUCACUACAACACACCUCUGCCAAACGUUUCGCAUAUUCCUCCUCAUUUGAAAUCAUCACACAAUUUUUUUAUUGACGAUCAACUCAGGGAAAUGCUGUUAAAACGCAAUGAAGCCGUGCAGCAAGUAGUGGAUCCUUCUGAUUGGUCAAACCUUCCUCAGUCAGUGGAUACUUACCACACACUGUUUCCUCUUGACGAAUCCAAUGCUCCAUCAAAGAUAUUUGGAUACCCUACCUCUGUCUACAAGGCAAUUCGAUCAACAGAUGGCAAGCCCUAUGUUCUUCGUCGAAUUGAAGGAUUUCGUAUGUUAAAUGAAGCAGCUAUGAUGUGUAUCGAUAAUUGGCAACGGGUACGACACGCAAACAUCGUAUCUGUUAUAGAGGCUUUUACUACAAAAGCAUUUGGGGAUAGCUCACUGGUAUUGGUAUACAAUUACCACCCACUAGCCAUGACCCUGACAUCGAAAUACUUUUCUAGACAUGACACGCACCUUGUUAGAGGCAUGGAUGAAAGAGAACUUUGGAGCUUUAUCUGCCAAAUCACAUCCGCAUUGAAAACUAUUCAUAUGCAUACUCUUGCUGCUCGAGCUAUUGAUCCUAGCAAGGUCAUUGUUACUGGGAAAAACAGAUUUUCACUCAACUGCUGUGGUGUCAUGGAUAUGCUAACAUUUGAAGCAAAUAGCUCGCUUGCACAAUUACAGCAAGAGGAUUUGCGUAAUUUUGGAAAACUGAUUGUAUCUCUAGCAGUUGGGUCUUUACCAGCUUUGCAAAACAUACAAAAAUGCCUAGAUCAUAUUCGUAAACAUUUUUCUCCCGACUUGACUACCGUUGUCAUGUAUCUUCUUGGAAAUACACCAGCUAUCAAGUCUAUUGAUGGGAUUUUGCAGCUGAUUGCUUCGCGACUGCUAGAUGAGAUGGAUAGCGCAUUCCGCUACAAUGAUCGAUUGGAGGACGAUCUUUCAAGGGAAUUAGAAAAUGCUCGACUUGUACGACUCAUGUCUAAACUUGGGUUUAUCAAUGAAAGACCAGAGUACGAUUUGGAUCCAACAUGGGCAGAGACUGGCGAUGUGUAUCUUCUUAAAUUGUUUCGAGACUACAUUUUUCAUCAAGUGGAUCAAAACGGUGCUCCUCUUCUCGACCUUGGACAUGUGAUUCAGACUCUCAAUAAGCUGGAUGUUGGCGUAGAUGAAAAAAUUAUGCUUACGAGUCGUGAUGAAAAGUCGUGUCUGGUUGCCAGCUACCGAGAUCUCAAACAAUGUAUUGACACGACAUUUCGUGAAAUGAUUGCUCGUCGUGGAUGGCAAAAAUAGUGGUAGGGUCCAGGUGUAUAUGAUAGUUACUGGCGGUCUUUUUUGUUUCACGUAGGAUUAGGCACAUUUUCAAUAAAGUAUCUACAAAGCUAAAUGC